AUGUCCCAGUGCUACCUAUGCCCUGGCAACCCUCGAGCUGCCGGCGACACCAAUCCCAAGUACGAGAACACGUUCGCGUUUGUGAACGAUUAUAGCGCCGUCAAGGAGCAACAGCCCGAAUAUGAGCGUACAGAAGGGUCUACUGAAGAUCUCGAGGCCUCACUUCUGAAGGCAGAGGGUGUCAAGGGUGUCUGCUAUGUCCUGACAUUUUCACCAAAGCAUCAUCUUACCCUCGCCGACAUGUCUGCCAAUGAAACACUGCCCGUCAUUGACCAUUGGACGCGCAUUUACGCCAACCAUUUGGCUGCGUCCAACCCCCUGAAGGAGCUCGUUGUCAAGGUCAACCUCUCCGUCUCAAAGGAAGAUGCGCCUACUCCGAAGGACGAGUAUCGGUAUAUGCAGAUCUUCGAAAACAAGGGUGCAGCGAUGGGAUGCUCCAACCCGCAUCCUCACUGCCAAGUUUGGACCACUUCAAGCAUGCCGGAAGAACCUGGGAAGGAGAUGGUUGCCAUGGCCACGUAUCGAAAGGAACACGGCGGACGUCACCUUCUGGCCGACUAUGUCAAGCUUGAGCUUGCCAAGGCAGAGCGCGUCGUAUGGGAGAACGAGACCUUUGUUGUGAUCUGCCCUUGGUGGGCUGUCUGGCCGUUCGAAGUCAUCAUCAUCCCGAAGCGUCACGUCCGCUGUCUACUUGAUUUCACCGAUGCUGAGCGCUUGCAUUUCGCUGAGGCGAUUCAGGAAGUAACGCGACGAUAUGACAACCUCUUUGAGUGCAGCUUCCCCUACAGCUCCGGCAUCCACCAAGCUCCGCUGAAGGGGACGCAGGAGGAAAUUGACAACUCGUAUCUCCACAUGCACUUCUACCCACCACUGCUGCGUUCCGCAACAGUGAGAAAGUUCUUGGUGGGUUAUGAACUGAUGGCCGAGCCACAGAGAGAUAUCACCCCCGAGCAGGCAACGGUGCGGCUUCGCAACUGUGGAGGGGAGCUGUACCGGAAAUCCUUAUCGUAG